GCCUGCUCCUCCCAGCCAACUAGUCCCCCUCUCUUCCCCCCUUUUUGUAUCCAUUGUUCUCCUUCAGCCCCUAGGUUUUGGCCACGCCUCUUCUCACCUCCCACUACGAACACUUUCUCCUCCUCCCCAGGAAAGGAGAUCUAGAGGUUGGGAGGUGAUUACUACAGGGGUGAAGGCGCGAGCUCCCUUAGCCCUCCUCAUAACGAGGUGACUGUUAACAGAAAAGUGUCGAUCUGCAGGGACUAAACCCGCAGGAGGCAGGAUUGUGGUGGUGGUGGUGAUGAAGUCAUGUCGGAUCUGGGCUCUGAGGAGAUAGAGGAGGAGAGGGAGAAUUAUCUCGGGGAAUAUGAAGGAGACCGCAAUGAGGCAGGUGAACGACAUGGAAAAGGGAAGGCAAUAUUGCCCAAUGGGGAUGUAUAUGAUGGACAAUAUGAAUUUGGUAAAAGACAUGGUCAGGGGACUUACAGAUUUAAGAAUGGUGCACGAUACAUUGGAGAAUACCAACAAAAUAAAAAACAUGGUCAAGGCUUGUUUAUCUAUCCAGAUGGAUCAAAAUAUGAAGGAGACUGGGCAGAUGACCAAAGGCAUGGCCAUGGAGUUUAUUACUAUGUAAAUAGUGAUACAUACACUGGAGAAUGGUUUGCUCACCAAAGGCAGGGGCAAGGCACAUAUGUCUAUGCUGAGACUGGCUCUCAGUAUGUUGGUACUUGGUUAAAUGGACAACAGGAGGGAUCAGGAGAAUUCAUUCACCUCAACCACAGAUACCAGGGCAAGUUCGUAAAUAAAAAUCCAAUGGGCCCUGGAAAGUAUAUUUUUGAUAUUGGAUGCGAACAGCAUGGUGAAUAUAAACUUUCAGAUAUGGAAACAGUGGAAGAGGAAGAGGAAGAAGAAGCUUCAACUGCUCUUCCAAAGUGGAAAGCUCAAAAAAUUAGCCCAUUAGAACUCUGGAAACCAGAUCCUGUGGAAGAGCCACCACAGCCUGAUGUGGCCCCAGUGCCAGAGGAGCCACAAGCUUCCUUGGAAACCAGUGAAGCGCCUGAGGAUGUUCAACCUCUUACUGACUAUUCAGAAGCAGAAGACCUUGAAGGAGUAAUGAAACAGGGAGAAGAAAUUGAAGAAGUGAGCGAAAGCAGAGAGGAAGCAUCAAAUGAGGAAGAGGAAGAGGAAGGAAGAUGAUCAGCAUCACCAGAUUAAAAUGAACAGACUGACAGAAAAAGAGCACAUGUUGUGCAUAUAAAUUAUAGCAAUCUCAUUUACCU